GGACAAUUCGUCGAAACCGAGGCCGAAACACAUGAGGGAAAGAUCACCCACCUUCACUUCUACUUCCACGUACAAUAUCGUUAGUGGCGAAAACCCAACCGCUGUAACAGUUUCUGGGCCAAAAAAAUGCAUUUGGGGCCACUGCAAUGGCGGAUAACCCCUUGACUGAAGGUCUGGAACCCGGUUCAAAAGUUGUGGGUAGAGCCCGGGGAAUGUAUGCGUUGGCUUCCCAACGCGAUUCCGGUUUGCUUAUGGUGAUGAAUUUUGCAUUUCUAGAGGGUGGGUUCAAUGGAAGUACGCUUAGUAUUCUUGGAAGAAACCGAGUGCUCGAUCCGGUGAGGGAAAUGCCGAUUGUUGGAGGCAGUGGGCUGUCCAGGUUUGCCCGUGGAUAUGCAUUGUCUAGGACGAUUUGAUACAAUCUGAAAACUGGAGAUGCAGUUGUUGAACACAAUGUUGUUUUUGGUAACUG